UUUUAAUUUGUCUCUUGUGUUUUUCGCUUGGAUUUUCUUUCUCUUGAAUUUCUGAAUAUUGUUUGUCUACUGGUUAAAAAAAAUAUCAAUCAUAACAAUAAAAAAAACAAUAAAGUGUAGUGUGUUGUAAAAAUGGCUGAUAUUCUAGACAUAUUGGACAUAGAACAACCAGGAGCAUCGGAAAUUAGCAGGGAUAGCAUCAUACAUGGUGACAAAGUAAAAAAGAAGUAUGUGACCGCUAAGGCUGUAAAAAGACCGGAGGGAAUGCAUCGGGAAGUGUUUGCUCUCUUGUACAAUGACUCCAACAAAGACUUACCUCCGUUACUACCCACUGAUACUGGAAAAGCCUACAAACAAACUAAGGCUAAGCUGGGAAUGCGUAAAGCCAGAAAGUGGAUUUGGGCGCCAUUUACAAACCCUGCUCGAAAAGAUAAUGCAGUUUUUCAUCAUUGGAAACGAGUCUCUGAUGAAACUAAAGAAUAUCCAUUUGCACAAUUUAACAAGCAAGUAUCAAUACCUUCAUACUCUGAAUCAGAAUAUAAUCAAUAUCUCAAAUCAGAAGACUGGAGUCAAGCUGAAACAGACCACUUGAUGGACCUGUGUCAGCGUUUUGAUUUGCGAUUUAUUGUCAUUCAUGAUCGAUGGGACCGAGCUGCCUUCAGAGACAGAAGUGUAGAGGACCUAAAAGAACGAUACUAUGGAAUAUGUGCCACUUUAAGCAAGGUAAAAACAAAUCCAUGGUCAAACACUGUUACUACAGUCAAUGGAGAGAAACGGACUUAUCACUAUGAUGCUGAACACGAAAGGAAGAGGAAGGAACAAUUAAGAAGAUUAUUUGAUCGAACCCAGGAACAGAUUGAAGAAGAACAAAUGCUGCUCACUGAAUUGAAAAAGAUUGAAGCAAGGAAACGUGAACGGGAAAGGAAGACACAAGAUUUACAGAAGUUAAUAUCAAGGGCAGAAUGUGGAAAUACUCCAGUAGUAAAUCCGGUACCAAAUAAUACAGAGGGAACUAGUACACCCUCAAAUACUGCAACAAACAUUGCAAGAAGACAUGACAGGAAACUUCACAAAAAGAAACUAUCAACACAACAGAGGCCAGUUCGUGCCAUAGAAACAGUAACUGUGGAGUGGUCAGGCAUCAAAUUCCCAGAGGCAAGGAGCACUGGGGUUUGGCUGCGUUCUCAGCGAAUGAAAUUGCCUCCAGGAGUUGGACAAAGAAAGACUAAGGCCAUUGAACAAGAUUUGCGGCAAAUGAAUAUUGACAUAGCUCCCACACCAACUGAAGCCAUAUGCAAACACUUCAAUGAACUGCGUUCAGAUUUGGCCCUGGCUAUUGAUUUGAAAAAUGCACUAGUUGCUUGUGAAUUUGACUUACAGGCACUAAGGCAUCAAUAUGAAGCACUGAACCCAGGAAAGACUCUCACUAUUCCAGCAUCAAUAUGCAUCUCUACAGAUGGUGAAACAAAACCUGUGGGUGAAAUAAUUGAUGUUGUCGGCUCACCUAGUGCUCUGAAUUCUACCAUAUAGUAUUGUGUAAACUAUUUGGACAAUUUAGACCUGCUUGACUAGCGUUUAAAUAAUACUGUGAAGUGAAUUUAAUAAUUGCUUAGUGCAUUAAGUUUUAAGUCACUAGCAAAUUGCAAGAUAUAAUGUUAAUGUCAUAGCUUGUUUGAAAGCAAAUUGAAAAUACAAAUAGAAUCAUAUUUUAAGGA